AUGUCUAAAUUCAGUUUCUUGUUGCUUUGCAUCCAGGCUUGCCUGAUCCAGAAUGCCUACAGUCAGAUAGCGGGCCCGUGGUUGCCUGGACGCGGGUACGGUGCAGUCAGCGAGGCAGCCGCCAGUGCAGCUGUCGACGUCGAGACUGUCAACCGAGGAGGGUGGGGCUACGGUGCUCCGCUAGCUGGCUACGGACUCGGUAAUGGAUACGGCUUGGCUGGUGGAGCCGCUAGUGCUAGCGCAGCCGCUGAAGCAUCCGGAUUUGGCAUUGGCAACUUGGGAUAUGGAGGUCUAGCUGGAGCUAACGCUGCCGCUGCAGCCAACGCCGCUGGAUAUACUGGUCUCGGAAACUUGGGAUACGGAGGUCUGGCUGAAUCAAGUGCUGCUGCUGCGGCUAGCGCUGGUGGAUAUACUGGUCUCGGAAACUUGGGAUACGGAGGUUUGGCUGGAGCCGGUGCUGUGGCUGGAGCUAACGCGCUGGCUGGAGCUGGUGGCAUAGCUGGCAUUGCUGCACCUGGUCUUGCUAUCCCUAAUACAGGCUACGGCGGUGUUGGUAACGGUGUGGUCCUUUGCAACGGUGAACUCCCAGUCGUUGGUACAACCCUUGUAAAUGGUCAAGUGCCAGUGCUCGGCGCUGUACAGUUCAGUGGCAACCUGCCAGCUGCAGGCACUGUCGUUAUCUCUGGAAACUGUGCAUGCGGUGGUCGUGGCCCAGUGCUUUACUAA